AUGCCGUUUCCUCAGAACCAGGUUGCCUUGCCUUAUACCAAAAGGCAACAACUGGUGCCGACACCUGGGAAGCUGAUCAGCGCCCAGGGAACGGGGAUUCGCCUGGACAGAGGACGGCGGAUGCACAGCUGGCCUAGUGCAGUGGGAGGGAUGCUCCGGACCAGCGUGAACCAUGGAGUCCACAGCGAGGGUCAUAAGUCUCUCCGCACCAUGUCCGGCUCUGCGCCCCCGAACCCCGCGGGACCCCCGAACCCCCCGAACCUUUUGGGGACCCCCUGGCCGCCCCCCCCUCCCCCGCACCGCCUGCGGGCCCUGGCGCGCUCCUGGCUGGACGAGGACGCGCCCUGGCCCGACCCCACCGUGGCGCCGCUGGGGAACGCCGAGAUCCGCGCCCACAUCCUCGUCAAAAACCCCGAAACCCCCGCAUUUAACCCCGAAACCGCCGGAUUUAACCCCAAAACCCCCGCAUUGAACCCCACCCCCGCCCCGUUUUUCGGGGUGCUGGCCGGCUGCCCAUUCGCCGAGGCGGUGCUCGCGGUGUCGGGCUGCUCCGUGCUCUGGAAGGUUCCCGAAGGUUCCCGGCUGGGCCCGGGCCGGGCGCUGCUGGCUGAGGUUCGCGGCCCCGUUUCCGGGCUGCUCCUGGCCGAGCGCACGGCCCUCAACGUCCUGGGCCGCUGCAGCGGCGUGGCCUCCAUGGCCGCCCGGGCCCGGGGCGUCGCCGAGAGCCGGAAUUGGGGAGGGGUCGUGGCGGGGACGCGCAAGGGCACGCCCGGCUUCAGGGCGGCCGAGAAGUACGCGCUGGGCGUGGGGGGCGCGCAGGGGCACCGCCAGGGGCUGGGGGCCUUCGGCCUCGUCAAGGACAACCACAGGGCCGUGGCCGAGAUGGGCGGUGGGCACGAAGGGCUGAUUGAGGGGGCGCGCCGGGCCGGGGGCUUCACGCAGAAAUUGGGCGUGGAGUGCGCGAGCGCCGAGCAGGCUCUGGAGGCGGCCGAGGCCGGGGCCGACGUCGUCCUGCUCGACAACCUGAGCCUAGAGGAUCUGCACGCGGCGGCCGCGCGCGUCAAGGCCGCACACCCGCGGGUGCUGGUGGAGGCCAGCAGGGGCAUCGGCCUGGAGAGCCUGGGCAGCUUCCUGGGGCCCCACGUGGACGUCGUGUCCAUGGGGUGCCUGACCCACAGCGCCCCCGCGCUCGACUGCGCCCUCAAGGUGGUGGGCAUGGGGGACGGAGCCGAGGAAAAGUGA